AUGGCCCUGCUGGAUCUGGACAACGUUGCGCCGCACCUCGAACGAAACUCGAUUCUCUCGAUACCAGAGUACAGGAUAAAAGAUGGCCGCUAUGCGGUAAGCCCAUUUUCGCUGUUGCCAAUUUGUCUGGACGGGUCGAGGCUUAUCACCGUCACAUGUCAAAAGCUGACUUUAUCUCAGGGACCCCGGGUGGAUAAGAUAAUUCUUAUGUAG